UUUGUGCAAUUAGUCAGCUGCUACUCUCUCUCUUCGACUCUAAACAAAGUAGUCUGAUCAGAUCACCGACGGUGGCACUGAUGGACAAGAAACCAGUCACCAGCACGUCGGUCUUUACUGGAAAUGACAUGAAGCGAAGCCCAUCAGAACUGGCUCUGGAGGAGCUUUUCAAGCAUACGACCGUCCCCGAUCCUGUCGACCAUGAGAAAGGAAUCAAAAAAGAUAAAAAAGUCACCGAAAUUCGGAAUCAGAGUGCUGGGGGUUUUGUUGACGCAGAUGAUCUUUUUGGUGUCGAGGACGAUCAUAAAAGUUUUGCUCAUGUUUGUUCUGCGGUGUCUGGGUUAUGGUGGAGUGGUGGCGGCGAAAUGACACAACCACCUCCACCUCCACCUCCACCUCCACCUCCACCAGCAACUGUGCAAUGCAACAAAACGACAUCUCCACCUUUGUUGCCACCUCCACAAUUAUACAGAACAAAAAAACCAACCCAACCCAACACACUUUAUCUACAACCACCCUCACUAGCACACAACACCUAA